CGUCUGCUCGUGGUUCAAACAAAUCGCUGACAAGUGUCGCCUCUUGCCGUCUUUGGGUGCUGGUAGGUUUCACCUGAGCUCAUUUGUGGGGAGGUACCUGUACAUUUAUACACACGGAUACAAUCUUCGCGGUCUUAAGCAAGUUUUACUUCUCUGUCAUCUUGUGGAUAAACAGCUAUAGCAAUCAUCAUGACAGGUCUAGUAAAAGCCAAGAAAUAUGACUGGAAGGAUUCCAACAUGGCUCUCUUUGGGACAGACACCGAAAAAAAUGUCAAAAAAGAUUCAGCCAAUUGUGAGCCGGCUUGGAAGGUGGCAGGGCGGGAUGUUGGCGUGCAGGUCUGGAGGAUUGUGAAAUUCAAGGUCCAAGCCUGGCCAAAAGACGACUACGGUAAAUUUUACGAAGGUGACUCCUACAUUGUGCUCAAUACGUACAAGGAGCAGGACGGCGACCAGCUCUUGUAUGACGUACACUUUUGGAUUGGCCGGUACAGCACUCAGGACGAGUACGGCACCGCGGCCUACAAGACCGUAGAACUGGACACCUUCCUCAAUGAUGUACCCGUCCAGCACAGAGAAGUUCAAGGUCACGAGUCGGAUCUGUUCAAAUCUUACUUCAAGAGUAUCACAAUCCUGAAAGGUGGGGCAGACACCGGCUUCAGACACGUCAAACCAGAGGAAUACAAGCCCCGCCUCCUGCAGAUCACAGGCAACAAGACGUCGGUCACUGUCACUGAGGUGCCCAUCAAAAGGGAGAGAAUAACGUCAAACGAUGUCUUCAUCUUAGACAAGGGGCUGGAGAUUUACCAGUGGAACGGCAAAAGUUGCAACAAAGAUGAAAAAUACAAAGCAGUGCAGGUGCUCCAGCACAUCAAGUCAGAAAGGGGAGGCAAACCAAACGUAGAGACAUUCGAUGAGGACGACAAUGGGAACGGUUUCUUUGACUAUCUGGGUGAUGAUGACGACGAUGAUGACGACGAUGACUCAGAAUUUGAAGAUGACAACAGAACACCAGAGUUGUACAGAUUAAGUGAUGCCUCAGGUGAGAUGGAGUUUGAGAAGACCAAAGAUGGACGGGUGUUUAAAGACGAUUUCUCCAGCAAGGACGUCUUCAUCUUUGACAACAAGAAAGAAUGUUUUGUAUGGAUCGGCAAGGGAGCUUCCAAGAAUGAAAAACAAAACGCCUUGUCCUAUGCCCACACAUUCCUGAAGUCUUCCACCCACCCCCUCAUCCCCAUCACAGUGGUGUCGGAGGGCCAAGAGAACAAGAGCUUCAGGGCUGCUAUUGCUGCAUAAGUCUGUUGACCCCCACACUGACCCACACACUGACCCGCACACUUGACCCCCACACUGACCCGCACACUUGACCCCCACACUGACCCCCACACUUGACCGAAUGACGAAUCCACAGAUGACUCCCACAUUCUACAGACAUCUCACCCCAAUACACCCCCACACAUAAACACCCCCCACCCCCACAUACACACACACAGACAACUCUUAUACAGUCAAGUUAAAGAUCCACUAGAUUUCUGUGCACCUGAGAAAACUUGUCUACAUAUCAUCAAUUUAUUUGUUGAAUGAAUGGGAGACAAUUUGCUUCAAAUAAAUGGGAGACAGCUACCUUCAAAUAAAUAGGAGACAGCUACCUUCAAAUAGAUGGGAGACAACUUGCUUCAAAUAAAUUUGUUUUGUGCUUAUGUCCUGUCAAACUUUUUCAAGUAAUUUUUUAAUUCCUGUAUACAUCUGGGCAAUGUGUAUGUAGCCAGGACAGUAAAUAAGUUUCCCUGCCUGCAGUACUUUACUAGACACAACAUUUCUGUAAUUUGUUCCCAAUAUUUACUCUAGUUCUCUCAAUUACUUUCAUCUUAUUUUCAAUUUGAACUCAGUUUUUAAAAAAUAAUUUUUCCGUCUUUUUUAUUUUAUCCUGACUAUCUGUGACUGCUUCAAUUAGACCCAUAUGAUAUAAUUAUAGCAUCUAAUUAUAACAACUAAUUUAAUAAUACUGUAGGAGUUGGUGAUAACUUUAAUUAUAUUAUUUUUUUUUAAAUGUUACAAUUUUUUUAUGGCGGGAAAAAUAUUUUUUUUAAAAGAUAACCAGUGCCGACGCCAGGUUCUUUAGCGCCCUAAAUGUCUCGCAGAAAUAUCACCAUUUUAUUUAUUUAUUUUUUUUACAUUAUAAGCUGCGAAGAAUUUUAUGAAGUGUAAAAACUACUGAGUUGGGUUAUUUUUAGAUCUAGUUGUGACGUGUAAGUUGUCUCCAUAUGUUGUAGAUUUGUGGUCAAAUGUUUCUUUCGUCUGUGAUGCUUUCAACUUUGUGAUCAAUGGCAGACUUUAAAAACUUCAUGAAUAGAUAAUAAAUAAUAAUAUCAUAUAGAUUCUAGAAGCCUAGUAGAUAAGUUGUUAUUAUAAUUAUAAACAUUUGUUUAAAAACUUCAUGAAUAGAAGCUUAGAUAAGUUGUUAUAAACAUUUGUUUUAAAACAAUUCGACAAGUCUGCUGUAGGCUAUUUGUCUCAUUCGUGAAUACAUCUUACACCUGCACCAUUGUAGCCUACAUCAUCACCACCAGCUGACGCUGCGACAUCACCACCACCAGCUGAUGUGCCCGAUGUAAACAUCCGCCAUCUUGUUUUGUAGUUGUUGCAAAAAUCAGAUUGCCAAUAGUCUUGAUGAUCUUAGAUUGAAAAGUUUUUUUUAUUUAUUUUAUAUAUUGUUAACAAAUAAAAACUUGAACUAUA